UGUAUUUAUAGUAUGCCGCUAUGAUUUACCAGUUUGGUGAGUUCAGUUGAAAAGAAUCACCUCACAAAAGGGAGCGCAUUCAGGAAGGUAAUAGCAGAUGCAGAUGCCUGGUGCUUCAUGCUGACAAGUUGUCACAAAAGACGGGAUGAUGCUUCGCUGGGUCUUGUUUGCUUUGCUCGUUGGUAUCUGCGCAAGUGUCGGAGAAGAGAAAAACAAGACAGCGAAACCUCCUGCAUCCUUGUCAAGAGGUGGGCGAUUCUCUUUUUGUCAAGAUCCAGGAUGGGGGGAUACUAUUCACUGGGUCAAAACUUAUGAAGAUGGUCUGUCAAAAAUGGAGAAGAGUCAGAAACCUCUGAUGGUCAUUCAUCAUCAAGAAGACUGUCCACACUCUCAAGCACUGAAGAAGGCAUUUGUUGCUGACAAGACUGUCCAGAAAAUGGCCAGAGAGGGUUUCAUCAUGCUCAAUGUGGUGGAAGAGACUGGGGACACAAAUCUGGCCCUUGAUGGCUACUAUGUUCCCAGAACUGUCUUUGUUGAUCCAAGUAAGGCUGUGCGCAACGACAUUACAGGACGGUAUGAUCACCUGUUCGCCUACGGACCUGAAGACAUGGGAAUCUUGGCCGACAACAUGAGGAAAGCCAAAGUCCUGCUGAAAGCUGAACUCUGAUGUGACUCCGUGUCGCUGCAUCGUCCAGACCUGCCUGUUCAGUGGGCAGCACUGACUGCUUUAAGUGUUUCUAAGAGUGCAAUAAAAACAAAAUACACGAA